UUUUGAGAAAACGGGAAGAUCUGACCCUCUCUCUGUAUGACUGCUACUUCCCUAGUCUCGGACCGAGAAAAGACGGCAAAAGGCCAAACAGUACAAGGACCAGACAGAGCUCCCAAGUACUCUCUCUAUUAAGCGACAACAAUCCCGCCCAACACUGACUCUGUUUCAAUUGCUAUCACUCUCGCACCAACUGAAUCUUGCUUCCUUUGACUCAAUCCUAAAUUCCUCGGUUCUUCGUCUGCUUCGUGGCUCCUUAACCUUUAAACCUUGAGAGUUUACUUUCCGAUUUCGAACUCUGCUAAUCACAUGAUGCAUCUUUAAGGAUAAAGUAAAUAAGUAUCUGUCUACUUUUUUGUGCUUGCGUUUCUGACUGGAUUGUGGCGAUCUUAUUCAUAAUUGCAAGAAGCCAGUAGAUAGACCAUGUCAAGAAAUGACGCUUAGAUUCAAGAAAUGGGGUGUGUGAUUAGUCGAGAAGUAUCGUCGGGAAUAAUCUCUGAGGUGAAAGAGGAGAAGAAUUUGAGUAGCGAGUCGACGAGGAAGUUAGAUGAAACGUCGUCUCAGCACGAGGUAGCGGCUCAGAACGGUGGCAAACAAAAGGAAGAGAAGGGUGGUGGUGAUGAAGGGAUCCAGGCCCAACGGCCAAGGGGCGAAAGAAGAAGAUCAAAGCCAAACCCAAGGCUGAGCAAUCCUCCCAAACAUGUGCGAGGAGAGCAAGUAGCAGCUGGAUGGCCGCCCUGGCUUACGGCUGUUUGUGGUGAAGCGCUUAGUGGGUGGAUUCCCCGAAAGGCUGACACAUUUGAGAAAAUUGAUAAGAUUGGCCAAGGAACGUAUAGCAAUGUGUACAAGGCUAAAGAUAUGUUGACGGGUAAAAUUGUUGCUCUUAAGAAGGUUCGAUUCGACAAUUUGGAGCCUGAGAGUGUAAAGUUCAUGGCCAGAGAGAUUCUUGUUCUCAGAAGAUUGGAUCAUCCCAAUGUAGUAAAGUUGGAAGGUUUAGUUACAUCAAGGAUGUCAUGUAGUUUGUAUCUGGUAUUUGAUUACAUGGUGCAUGAUUUGGCUGGUCUUGCUGCGAGCCCAGGAAUCAAGUUCACAGAGCCUCAGGUCAAAUGUUACAUGCACCAACUACUCUCUGGACUUGAGCACUGUCAUAAGCGGCACAUACUUCACCGUGAUAUUAAAGGAUCAAAUCUUCUUAUUGACGAUGGAGGAGUGCUUAAGAUUGCUGACUUUGGACUGGCUUCUUUCUUUGAUCCAAACCACAAACACCCCAUGACUAGUCGUGUGGUUACACUUUGGUACCGGCCUCCUGAGUUGCUGCUUGGUGCCACGGACUAUGGUAUGGGUAUUGACCUUUGGAGUGCAGGUUGUAUUUUAGGGGAGUUAUUGGCUGGGAAGCCAAUAAUGCCCGGUCGUACUGAGGUAGAGCAACUGCAUAAGAUAUACAAACUAUGCGGUUCACCUUCUGAUGAGUAUUGGAAGAAGUCGAAAUUGCCUCAUGCUACCUUAUUUAAACCUCGAGAGCCAUACAAGAGAUGCAUUAGAGAGACAUUUAAAGAUUUUCCACCUUCUGCACUGCCCCUUAUUGAUACUCUUCUUGCUAUUGAUCCAACAGAACGGAAGACGGCCUCAAAUGCUUUAAAAAGUGAGUUCUUCACAACCGAACCAUUUGCUUGUGAUCCUUCUAGUCUUCCAAAAUAUCCCCCAAGCAAGGAAAUGGAUGCUAAACGACGGGAUGAUGAAGCCAGGAGAUUAAGAGCUGCAAGCAAAGCUCAGGUUGAUGGUGCGAAGAAACCACGAACACGUGAACGUACUAAAGCAUUUCCUGCUCCUGAAGCCAAUGCCGAGCUUCAGUCUAAUAUUGAUAGAAGGCGUCUAAUCAGUCACGCGAAUGCCAAGAGCAAGAGUGAAAAGUUUCCUCCGCCACAUCAGGAUGGACAGCUUGGGUAUCCUUUGGGAGCUUCGCAUCAUAUAGAUCCAGACAUUGUUCCUCCUGAUGUUGCCUUUAGUUCUACUUCUUUUACUUAUUCAAAGGACCCAUUCCAAGCUUGGUCAGGUCCCAUAGGUAAUACUGCCGCCAUUGACGCACGAAAGAAGAAGAAGAAACACUCUGCAGCUGAUACAUUGGAUUUACCUAAACCACAGAGAGUUUCCCCCAAGGAUAAGGUUAAAGGAAAGAAAAUCAGAGCCUAGCUAUAUACCCCAUUCAUUCAUAUAGAGAUAAUAUAUCCAAGAAAUUCCCCUGCCUCUGCCACAUCAUUUGAUUCACGGAGUCCAACUGCUAUGGAAGUCUUUCUUUUAGCUGCCUGCUUGCUGGUCUACCUCCCGAGUGUGAAGUACAUUGCUUGGUUAAAGUGCAAGGGUUAUUUUUUAAAAAAACAAAAAACAAAUCUUUUUGUGAUCUCAAUUACUUUUUUCUAAAUUUUUUAUCUAUUGGUUUCUACAAGGAUACAUGAUAUUUUUGUGCCCGAUUUGUUCUCAUGAUUAAAGAGUUUACUCAACAAUGUAUAUUGUGAUUUUAUUUCCAUGUUUUUUGAGAUCCUUGUGUUAAUAUCUGGAAUCUUACUAUUUUAAAAAAAAAAAUUGUAAUAAAUUUUCGAGCUGUUGUUAUGUCCCUGGUUCCUGAGAGUGAGAAAUAUUUAUAUAGCUCCUAAGUGUGCCUCAAAUGAAGAGAGAGAUUUAUGUAGUUUCCAUGUUGAAAAUGGUUUCUAGCGGUCGCGAAUUAGAGAUUUAUUCUCAUAAAUUAUAAUAUGCUGAUACCAACUUGUUGCUUUAAGAUGUGUUAUCUCUUUAUAAAUUAAAAUUUAAACAAGGGCAUAUUGAAAUCUAGAUAAUUUGUAUUAGAAAGUUAAACGGCACAUUUGGCUUUGAAUUUAUUGCCUUUGGGUGCCGUGUGUUACAGUUACUUUGACAUUAAUUUUGAUUGAUAAAAGUUGAGUUGUAAUAUAUAUGAAUUUUGUUCGAGGUACACGCUUGCCGAUCCUUGACUAUUUAAUUUCAUUCUAAUCCAUGUAGAUGAGAUUUGAACAAAUUCGGGGAAUUUUUUUUCUAUUUUUUUAUUUUUUUUUUUUGUUGGUGCUGGUUUGAAUGGUAGAUUGCAUCAGAAGAGCAGUUGAGGAAAGAGGCUGUGAACACGCAGAUAAAUAGAUGCUUGUGGGCUAAGCGAGACUCUCUGGACAUUCUAUAAAUUCCGAACUGAGAAACCAUCUCUCACGUUGUGCUUCAUAUCUCCUUUGCGGGGAUACGUUGCACGUCUACGCUCGGCUGCUCCUGUGAUUUCUCUCCGCACAGCGAGGGAUCAAUAGCAAUGGGACCCGGUGGUCCAGGUCCAGGACCCGGAGGCCCGCCUGGAUGGGGGCCACCCCCACCAGGCCCAGGGUUUUUCGGUGGGUUUUGCGACGUUAUUGGUUCUUGCCUGAGCUUUUUGUGCUGCUGCUGGUUGCUACGAGACUGCUUUGGAGGUCCGUUCGGGCCACCAGGGCCUCCUGGACCUCCCGGUCCACCUGGGCCUCCAUAAGUGUCUGUUUUUUUCCGCCUCCGUUUCCUUAAACUGGCUCUGUGAUUUGCAGUAAUAAUAGUGAGGGCUCUACCUCCUUCAUUUCCCUCAUUUCCCUCGGUUUGUAAUGAUUUUCCUGUUCUACAGAGAAUGAUAAGAUGGAAUGAUACGAUUAUUUAAAA